GCCAUACGAAAUAAAAAUGGCACUCUCGCUUUCGCCGGAAUGUUUGCAGUACAUUCUUGCACACCUCGAAGGCGACAGUAAGACACUUCACUCUUGUCUUCUGGUGAGCCGUUUUUGGUGCCAUAAUGCGGUCAAUAUUCUGUGGAGUCGUCCUUGGAGUUAUUCAAUCUCCCAGAAUUCGGCGACCAAGCUGAUUCAGACCUAUGUUACUUGUCUUCCUGAUGAGACCAAGAUCAUUUUGUUCAAAAAUGGUAUAAACUAUCAAAUAGUAUCGACGCCUCAUACUUUUGACUAUGCAUCUUUUUUACGUGCUCUUGACUAUGAUUAUAUGUGCUGGUCGAUUUCACAAUGGUUAAAUUCCUGCUGGUUUUACCGGGUCCUGAAUUAUGGAGAAGAAAUAAAAUCUGAUGCAGAAGACAGAACCGAUAGGUAUGGUUUGAUCUCCUCAGAUGUCGAGGAUAAUGGUGAAUUUUGUGACGAAUCCGAAGAGGAAAACGAGAGAAAAACGGGUCUUGUGGCCAGGGAGUUGUGCAAGUUAUUUAUGAAGCGAUGCAGGACCUUUCAUGUCCUUCUGUUGGAGUCCAAAGCCAUUCAAAGUGAUUUUCCAUUCUUACCUCCGUGUACUAAUUCCCGCAACUAUUUAACUAAUCUCCGUCAACUUAUCUGCUUGGGAGACUUAAAGUCAGAGCUUCUUAUUGCAAUAUCGCGUAUUUGCAAAGAUCUACGUAGAAUUUGUAUCGGAUUCCCACCUAAUGUUCAAUGGAAAUUUCAUUAUGAGACAGACGCUCGAAGUUUGGCAACACUCAUUGAGAAACAGAAUAGAUUACAAAGUUUUUGUCUUUAUGGGUACAAACGUUUCGUAUCAAUUAUCAUAGACGCACUGAAACAUCAAUCCAAUUCAUUGACAUCCUUGGAGUUAAUUGAUACUGACUUUCAAGAUGAAGAGGAUUAUCGUAGUUUAUCUGCACUAUCAGCGUGCCAAAAUUUGGAGUCCAUUAAAAUCCUUAAUUGUUUCAUCUCCCCAAGUGAUCAACUAUUCUCAUUGGCCUCGUUUUCACGACUGGAAGAAUUUGAAUUUCGUAACGAAUGGAAUCCACUUUAUCCGCUUCCACAAAAUGAAUUUUGGGAAGCAUUGUUUCAGAAUACGAGGCAUAGUUUACGAAAAAUGUCAUUUUGGUGGUUAAGAUCAGAUCCUAAAGAUGGAUACCAGAUCAUUGAAUCAAUUGCCAAACAUUGUUCACAUAUUCAUUUUCUCCAUUUGCCUGUCUUAUGGAUGCAUGAGGUAUUUUUACUCUUUAAUUACUGUACCCAGCUCAAGAUAUUUUCAUUUAGCGGAGAUGAUUUCGACGCAAACGAAACAUUAAUUCAGAUGAGCAUGAUUGUUCCGGCUACAUUGAAAUCUUUGACGAUAAAGGAUGGGAAUUAUGGAGGUUGGACUUUCACCGAGAAAUCAUUACAAUAUUUUUUAGAUAACAGUUGUGCAUCUUUAGAAGUCGUUGAUUUGACGGAGUGUGCAUGUAUGACAAACCAACAUUAUGAAGCAAUUAGUCGGCGAGGUAUAACGACGUGUUUAUGA